UGCUUUCCGGUGGUGGGAAAGUGAGCCGGAACCCUAACCCGAGUGGAAGCGGCGCGUCCGGGGCAGGUGGGCUCCCUGCGAUCGAGCGGAGGCCAGCGGCUGCGCAGGGAAGGGCUGGCUCGGAGGCCUGAGGAGCAGCAGCCGCAGGAGCGGGCCGCCGCAGAGUGGGAAUGGUGCGGGGGGCGCCGAGGAGGAGGCGCAGUCUGUCCCCGUCAGGGUUAGUGAAUGAGGCUCUCCGCCCUGGCCGGCCCGGGGACAGUGCGCUGCGGGUCCCAGCAUGAGUGCGGGCCCCGGCUGUGAGCCCUGCACCAAGCGGCCCCGCUGGGACGCCGCUGGAACCUCUGCGUCGGCUGCCUCGGACUCCCGGAGCUUCCCCGGCAGGCAGAGGCGCGUUCUCGACCCCGAGGACGCUCCCGUACAGUUCAGGGUCCCACCGUCUUCGCCAGCCUGCGUCCCGGGGCGGGCGGGACCGCACAGAGGCAGCGCCACCUCAUUUGUUUUUAAACAGAAGACAAUUACCACUUGGAUGGAUACUAAAGGAACCAAGACAAUUGAGUCAGAAAGUAAAGAAAACAACAAUACAAGGAUAGACUCCAUGAUGAGUUCUCUGCAGAAAGAUAACUUUUACCAACAUAAGAUGGAAAAAUUGGAAAAUGUUCCUCAGCUAAAUCUUGAUAAAUCACCAAUUGAAAAGAACACACAGUAUUUAAGCCAGCAGCAGAAUGCAAGUAUGUGUAAGUGGCAAAAUGAAGGGAAGCAUGCAGAACAGCUUUUGGCAAGUGAGCCUCCAACAGUAACCCUGGUACCAAAGCAGCUUAGUAAUGCUAACAUUGAGCAGUCACCCCAAGCUGAUGACCACAGUGACACAGAUAAUGGAGAAGAUAGAGACAGUCAGCAGUUUCCUACACCUGUAAAGCUGGGAAACACAGAGCAGACAGUGGGAGAUGAGCAAGCCAGAAGCUGCUGUAAGUGCAGUGGGUCUUGCCACUCCUUGAAAGACUGCACAGGCUGUCAGCAGGAGGUGGAUGUGGUACCCGAGAGCCCUUUGUCAGAUGUUGGUGCUGAGGACAUUGGAACUGGGCCAAACACUGACAACAAAUUGAUUAGACAAGAAAGUAGUCUAGGUGAUUCUCCUCCAUUUGAGAAAGACAGCGAGCCGGAGUCACCAAUGGAUGUAGACAAUUCAAAAAACAGUUGUCAAGACUCAGAAGCUGAUGAAGAACCAAGUCCAGGCUUUGAUGAGCAAGAAGAUAGUUCCUCUCAAACAGCAAAUCAGCUUUCAAGUUGCCAAGCCAGAGAAGCCGACUGCGAUCUUAAGAAACGGCAUUUGACUAAGGGAAGGGAAAAUAGGUUACAUUUCCAAUUUGAAGGAGAGACUCGUGCUGGAACCAGUGAUUUAAAUGCCAAGCCAUCUGGAAACACUUCUAGCCUUAAUGUAGAAUGUAGAAGUUCCAAGCAGCAUGGAAAGAAGGAUUCUAAAAUCACAGAUCAUUUCAUGAGAAUUCCCAAAUCAGACGACAGAAGAAAAGAACAAUGUGAAGUCAGACAUCAAAGAACAGAAAGGAAGAUUCCUAAAUACGUUCCCCCUCACCUUCCUCCAGACAAGAAGUGGCUGGGAACUCCUAUUGAGGAAAUGAGGAAAAUGCCUCGGUGUGGGGUCCGCUUGCCUCUCUUAAGACCAUCUGCUAACCACACAGUGACUGUUCGGGUAGACCUUCUGAGAGCAGGAGAUGUCCCGAAACCUUUUCCAACACAUUAUAAAGAUUUGUGGGAUAACAAGCAUGUUAAAAUGCCUUGUUCUGAGCAAAACCUGUACCCUGUGGAAGAUGAGAAUGGUGAGAGAACUGCAGGGAGCCGGUGGGAGCUCAUUCAGACUGCACUUCUCAACAAAUUCACACGACCCCAGAACCUGAAGGAUGCUAUUCUGAAAUACAAUGUGGCAUAUUCUAAGAAAUGGGACUUUACAGCUUUGGUUGAUUUCUGGGAUAAGGUACUUGAAGAAGCAGAGGCUCAACAUUUGUAUCAGUCCAUUUUACCUGACAUGGUGAAAAUUGCACUCUGUCUGCCAAAUGUUUGUACCCAGCCAAUACCGCUUCUGAAACAGAAGAUGAAUCAUUCUAUCACCAUGUCGCAGGAACAGAUUGCUAGUCUUUUAGCUAAUGCUUUCUUCUGCACAUUCCCCCGACGGAAUGCCAAGAUGAAAUCGGAGUAUUCUAGUUACCCAGACAUUAACUUCAAUCGGUUGUUUGAAGGACGUUCAUCAAGGAAACCAGAGAAACUGAAAACACUCUUCUGCUACUUCCGAAGAGUCACAGAGAAAAAACCUACCGGAUUAGUGACGUUUACAAGACAGAGUCUUGAAGAUUUUCCAGAAUGGGAAAGAUGUGAAAAAGCCCUGACACGAUUACAUGUCACUUACGAGGGUACCAUAGAAGGUAAUGGCCGAGGCAUGCUACAGGUGGAUUUUGCAAAUCGUUUUGUUGGAGGUGGUGUAACUGGUGCAGGACUUGUACAAGAAGAAAUCCGCUUUUUAAUCAAUCCUGAGUUGAUUGUUUCACGUCUCUUCACUGAGGUGCUGGAUCACAAUGAGUGUCUUAUUAUCACAGGUACUGAACAGUACAGUGAAUAUACAGGCUAUGCUGAAACUUACCGUUGGGCCCGGAGUCAUGAAGAUGGGAGUGAAAAAGACGACUGGCAGCGACGCUGCACAGAGAUCGUUGCCAUUGAUGCUCUUCACUUCCGACGCUACCUCGAUCAGUUUGUGCCUGAGAAAAUGAGACGUGAGCUUAACAAGGCUUACUGUGGAUUUCUCCGUCCUGGAGUUCCUCCCGAGAAUCUUUCUGCAGUGGCCACAGGAAACUGGGGUUGUGGUGCCUUUGGGGGUGAUGCUCGAUUAAAAGCCUUAAUACAGAUACUGGCAGCUGCUGCUGCUGAACGUGAUGUGGUUUAUUUCACCUUUGGGGAUGCAGAAUUGAUGAGAGACAUUUACAACAUGCACACUUUCCUUACUGAGAGGAAACUGAAUGUUGGAAAAGUGUAUAAGUUGUUACUACGAUACUACAAUGAAGAAUGCAGAAACUGUUCCACUCCUGGACCAGACAUGAAGCUUUAUUCUUUCAUAUACCAUGCUGUUGAGUCAAAUGCAGAGACCACUGAGCAACCAGGACAAAAGACAGAGACCUGAGGAACCAAGUAAAUAGGACCUUCCUCUCACGUCUCAAAGACUUCCUGUUUGAACUGUGGGAUGUAAUGUAUGAACUGACUUAAGCUGGUAUACGUGUGUAUAUAAUCCACAUUUGUAAUCAAGGAUGCACCCCUUCUCUGUAUGCAGUUGUCAUUUGUACAUCUGAGCCCCUUUCAACUUACUGACGUGGGCUUAGAUGUUUUCUUCCAUUAUCGUCUCCUUCAGUCCUUAUUCUUUGACUUUUCUUUAUUUUGCCAAUCAGAUUUCUUGUGAAAUCCCAUGAAAGGUUGCACUCAGCUUUGAGGUCACUUCCUUGUCUGAUCUUCCCCAGGCUGCUUUGGUGGCUAGCAGAUGCCAUUGCACCUGGAGGAAGUUCAAACCCUGGACUAAAGUGGAGACUGCUACAGAGUUCCUGGGAGCCUUGCAUUGUCUACAUUUUGAAUUUUGAAAAUUAAGAGUUAAUGUUUUUCUUAUGUUACUUAAUGUCAGGAUCUUAGGCUAAAUCUGUUUUUUAUUUAAGACAGACUAAUUUCCAGUUACUCUUUUGAAACAUCAUCUCUAUAGCAAUGGUUUAUUCGUCCUUUUCCCCAGCUCCAUUUUUUUGACACUAUUUUAGAAGCUAAUCAAGAGGAAAGAAGCUGUAGAAUCAAAGUCUUCCUCAUACAGUGUAAAGAAACCAGGUUCAGGAGAGUCACUGGGUUUUUGUUUGUUUUUCUUUUGCAAUUAGGAUCGAUGUUUGUUCUGUGGCACUUACGGCUUAUUGAUGUAACCAAAGGUUGGGGACUGGAAACUUCAUGCUGAUUUGUACAUAUUGAAGUUUCUCUGGCAGUAAAGCUUAGAGUUAAUACGUUUUCAUUAAUAAAUCAUUUGUCAGAAAAUCUCAUAUCACCUAUAUUUUAUUUAUCCAUAUAAACAUGUGCUUCUUAAUUGUGUCUGUGGGAACACAUAAGAUCCAACAGCUAUGGGGGGGGGGGGCAACUAGAUUCGGGCUUUAUCAGAGCUCUGUUCAAAAUGUGUUAUUCAGAUUUGUAUUUUUAAAACCACCAACGGGGUAAAUGGUAACUGAUGUUUUUGUGAGGUUUAUUUGGAAACCAAAGCCAAUCUCGCAUUGACUGGUUACAGUUUAAUGACAAAAACACUUUUCCGGAUUUCCUAAGUAGUCUUAAACUGUUGGGGUUCUGGUGUGCAGUCUGGCUGCCGGACCGGCCCAGUUGAAGUCAGUCCUGUUUCUAAGAAGCUCUUGUUCCAUGCUCUAAACUCCUUUGCCAUCACUGACUGGUAGGAACAUGGGGCCUGGGCCAGUGUCUCGGCUCUGUCCUUUUGUGUAGAGAUUGGGAGGAUAACGGGCUUUGGCACAUGAAGGCCACCGCUCGUCAGUGAUGAAGCUCUUUACUGCAACAACUAAGACUGUUUGAUCAGAUCUCAAAUGUAGAGGAUUCUGACCUUAUCCUCAGUGAUACUAAAUAAAA